AUGUCUGAAAGUACUAAUCCAAUGCCAUUUGUCUGCAAAUGGUUAGAUGCUCAUUCAAAAUCACAAUAUUUCGAAACUGUGAAGGAACUCAGAAAACACGUCGCUAAAUACGACAUUAAUUCUUGCAAUAAAUCUCCUCCAGGCAAUCUUAUUUACAUAUGUCCGUGCGGAAGCUAUACCCGAUUUGAUACUCCUGAUACUCCUGUUGCACUAAGUCAACACUUGAUUAACAACCAUAAGGACUUUACAGCGCUGGACACAAAGAACUCUUUGUCUAUAAGUUAUGACCAGAGAGAAGAAGGUUUGAAAUUAUAUUUUAAAGGGGUAGAUGCUAUUUCGACGUUGAUGGAGGAAAGGAUAAAGGAAGAUUUUGCCAAUUAUGAUCCUAAUAACUAUGAUAAUUUACCUGAAGCGCCAAAAGAUCAUUUAACCGAGGAAGAGAGGAUAAACUUCUUUGGGAAACAACUUGUGAU